AGCGCAUCCUCUUCCAGCCCAAAAAGCUUUAUUCCAGUGGAGGGAGAGGGAGGGAGGAAUCCAUACUCUCUCUCUCUCUCUUCAUUUCUCUUUCGCGGCCCCUCGAAUUCCUCCUCCAGUGCAUGAAUUCGAUCUCUAUCGCUAGAAAACUCGCCCUUCUCUCUCUCUCUCUCUCUCUCUCUCUGUGCGUCUGUCUGUCUCCCCGAGAUCUUUCUACGAGAUCUCUUCAUUAGAGGAAUCCGUAACGCUGUACUUUGGUCUCAGGUUUUAUUGCUUGUGUUUCACUGGUUUAAGCAGUAAAGAUAUGAUUCUAGGCUGUGAGUCCAGCAACGCUAUUUUCUGAAAUCUGCAGAUAUAUCUCUGUGCUAAGUUUGAAAAUUGAAUUGCCACAUUCUGGAAACCUGGUAUAUAAUUCUUGGUGCUUUUUCUAGAAAUGGGAGUUUCAAGCUCUAAAAUCGAAGAUGAGAAGACCCUUCUGUUGUGUCGAGAUAGGAAACAUUUUGUCAAACAAGCCAUUGAUGGAAGAUGUUCACUUGCAGCUGCACAUGUUGCUUAUAUUCAGUCUCUCAGAAAUGCUGGAAUUGCUCUUAGAAAAUUUGUAGAGCCUGAAGUACCUACAGAGUCUUCCUUGUACACGUCAACAUCUGCAACGCCUGAGCCUCUUGCUUUAACUGAUAAGUCUAUUUCUCAAUUUUCAAACUCAUCUCCAUCUCUCUCACAGCAUGUGGACGUGGGUGGAGCUUUUUCUCCAGUUCCUUCACCUCGUUCUUCAGGACGGUUUCAUGUUAAUCAUAUGAAAGCUGGCAGGAGUUUUUCAACAACUGUUGAGGAGAAACUGCCCAUGCCUGUCAUAGCAACUCUGCAGACCUCCACAACUCCAAAACACCCUAUAUCUCAGUCAGAUGAGAAUUCAUUGAUUGAAUCUCCAUCCCCACCCCAUGGUACUCCACCAUGGGAUUAUUUUGGUCUCUUUCAUCCUAUUGACAAUCAGUUCUCAUUUCAAGAUGGGAGGGGUUUAAACCUUGGUUUGGACAAUGCUGAUGAUAUCAGACGUCUGAGGGAAGAGGAGGGCAUUCCAGAAUUGGAAGAGGAAGGUGAAAAAACCUCUACUAAUGGAAGGAAUGAUUUUGCGGAUUCAGAAGAUGAUUUUGACCAACAAUCACCUGAACCAUUAGUAAGAAUGUUCAGAAACAGAAAUGUCAUUCAGGAUGACCAUUUAACAAAUGAUUCUCCUGCCAUUCCAUCUGUGGAACGUGUUGCCUCAAAAACUGAGAAGCAAAAUUGUGAGAAGAACCUGCUCACCAAUGGCAAGCAUGAGACUGAUGAAACUCCUGAAUUGACACCAUCGAAGAUGGCAUCCUCUGCAGUUGCACUUCGUAUUAAUGGGAAGGCGAAGGAACCGGCUCCAGAAAUUAAAUUUGGGUCAAAGGACUUGUUGUCAUGCAUGAAAGAAGUUGAAGAUCUAUUUUUGAAAGCUUUUGACUCUGGAAGAGAAGUUCCAAGGAUGCUGGAGGCAAACGAAGUGAACUUCCGCCCUCUGUUUCCUGAAGAAAUAGCACACAGAUCAAAGGCAUCUAUGUUUCUCACAGCUUGUUUUGCUUGCUGCAAGGAAGAAGUCCCUCAAUCUCAGGUGCCUGCUUCAAAUGAGAUGAAGUACUUAACAUGGCAUAGGUCUGUAUCAUCACGAUCUUCAUCAUCCAGAAACCCUCUCGGUGCAACAUCAAAAGAUGAUAUUGAGGACCUGAGCAGUAAUCUCUUUGGCAGCAGAUAUAUGAAUGCAGGCAGUCAUGCAUCGACAUUAGAUAGGUUGUAUGCCUGGGAGAGGAAGCUCUAUGAUGAAAUUAAGGCAAGUGGUAUCAUUCGAAGGAAAUAUGACACGAAGUGUAGACUACUUAGACAUCGAGAAUCUAGAGGAGAGAAGGCUGAUAGUAUUGAUAAAAUCCGUGCGGCUGUUAAGGACUUGCACUCUAGAAUUCGGGUUGCAAUUCAGAGAAUUGACUCUAUAUCAAAGAGAAUUGAGGAAUUAAGGGACAAAGAGCUCCAACCGCAACUGGAGGAGUUAAUUGGAGGCUUAGCACAGAUGUGGGCAAUGAUGCUUGACUGCCACAAUAACCAGCAUAGCAUCAUCUUAGGCUCAUGCAAUAACGGCAGCACCAAAGUCUCAACUAGGUCAGAAUAUCAUCGUCAGGCCAUUAUUCUUCUUGAGUUUGAGCUGAGUUCUUUGUGUUCAAACUUCACAAAGUGGAUCUCCGCGCAAAAAUCUUACCUACAAGCCAUAAACGGGUGGCUUCACAAAUGUGUAUUCCCCCUAAAACAAAAGUCCUCGAGGAGAAAGCCAGUAGAGUUCAAUCCAAAAAGAGAUAUUGCUCCACCAAUAUUUGUCACUUGCCAAGACUGGUUGGCCCUACUGGAUAAUCUGCCAACGAAGGAAGUAGUGGAUGCUAUAAAAGAGCUGGUGACAGUGACAACCCAUUUCUUGCCUCGUCAAGAGAAAGACCAUGAGAAUUCAAGAGUAUCCUUAACACUCUCCAGGAAGGCAGGGCAAAGCGUUGGCCUUGAAGGAGACAUUGGCAGAAAUGAAUCUCAUGUGGAUUGGAGUCAGAAUUACGACAAGUUGCAGUCAGGUUUGGUGGUCUUCUUGAGUCGGUUAAAAGCUUUUGCUCAGUCAUCAGUGGAGGAGUAUGAAAUUCUCCAGAAGUCCAUCAACGAAGCUCAUUUUAGAUACGAGAAUGGUGGCCUGAGGAUGCGAGGAUCCUCUGUUACCGGAAGUACUUGAGAACCCCAAGGAAUGAAUGGAAAAAAAAAGACAACUGGUUAAUUAUGGUUCAAUAAGUUGAUUGCAGGUGCAAGGCAAUGAAGAUAUUGGAGAGAGGGAUGCAGUGAACUGCUCCCUUUGUAAAUUUACUUGGGGAAUAAAUGGUUUUUUGGUUGGUGAUUCGUGCAAGUUCGAAAAUAAACACCAGUGAGGCGAACUUAUGUUUGGAUGCAAGUAGAUGCUGCAGACUAGAUCAGUUAGAUGUACGAAGCAGGGAUGGGCUUUCAGGUUUAUCUGGAAGGUGUAUUUUUUUCAUUUUGGAUUAUCAUCCAUAGGGUCUAUCAAGGAGUGGGUGAAAAGUAAUGGAACUUGUGCUAUGUUGUUAGAUCUCUGCAUCGUAUACAUGUUCAGAAACCCAAAUACCUAGAUCUUCAAUAACAUGUGCAUUUUUUCCUUUUUUGUCUUUCAUCAAGACUGUGCAACUUAUUGGCUUUUGAAUUUUUUUAGUGAAUAUUAAUGAAUAAAAUAUAGUAUU